GGUGAGGGUGAGCUGGAGACAGGCGGUUGUGGGGUCUCACGUGGCAGCUCCAGUGGCCGCUCCGGUGACAGGCCGGGAGAGGCGCGGGGAGAGCGCAGCUGACGGAAGACAAUCCAGCUGUGGUCCCUAGCCUGCAAUUUCAAGGCCUCCUCCGUGCCUCUACUGGGAGCCCCAAGACCUGGCCGGAGGGCACCAUGGGGAACCACUUGACAGAGAUAGCGCCCACUGCCUCCUUCUUGCCCCACUUCCAGGCCUUGCACGUCGUGGUCAUUGGGCUGGACUCGUCCGGAAAGACCUCCCUUCUUUACCGCCUCAAGUUCAAGGAGUUUGUCCAGAGCGUCCCAACCAAAGGCUUCAACACAGAGAAGAUCCGGGUGCCCCUGGGGGGGUCCCGUAGCAUCACCUUCCAGGUGUGGGACGUCGGGGGACAAGAGAAGCUGCGGCCACUGUGGCGCUCCUACACGCGAAGGACGGAUGGGCUGGUGUUUGUGGUGGAUGCUGCCGAGGCUGAGCGCCUGGAGGAGGCCAAAGUGGAACUCCAUCGAAUCAGCCGGGCCUCGGACAACCAGGGUGUGCCCGUCCUGGUACUAGCUAACAAGCAAGACCUGCCAGGGGCGUUGAGUGCCGCUGAGGUGGAGAAGAGGCUGGCAGUCCGUGAGCUGGCGGCCUCCACGCUCACGCACGUGCAGGGCUGCAGCGCAGUGGAUGAGCUGGGCCUGCAGCCAGGCCUUGAGCGCCUGUACGAGAUGAUCCUCAAGAGGAAGAAGGCUGCUCGAGGGAGCAAAAAGAGACGGUGACCCGACGCCCCCGCUCCCCGCCUAAUAGGGGUCUGCACACUAGGACAAUGAGGCAACAGCGUCCCCUCAUUCACCCUGGGGUAUAGGACCUGCCCCUUGAUGAGGGACUGAGGUGCACUGAGGGUCCUGUUUUGGUGCCGCUUUGGUGAAGGGGGACAGGCAGUGGGGUGUCUUUGCACAUCUGUCCCUCAUCCUCACCUCCUGGAGAAGAGGGAGCUACAGGACUGUGGAGGCUUAAAUGUAAACUAUGACUCUACCUCGACUGUUUCUCCUUUUUUUUCUCUGGCUUUUUAAUCGAUGUUUCCAGGGGGGAUGGAAAGUUGCUUGGAGAAUGCAUUUGGAAUGAAUGAGAACUUCCUCUGCUGGGGAGCCUCCUGGCCACUUCUUUGGGGGUGCCAGUCACAAUAGUUAUUUUUGUGUUGUGUGAAAGUACCAAGAGCCCCUCCCCUCAUUUGUAGACCCACAAUCCUUUUAUAGAAGCCAUGUGUGCCCUCUCUUAUUAUGAUUAAUGAAUUAUUUUUUAACAUUUGUCUGUAAGUUAUUAAAGACUGACACUGUAGCUCUUA